AUCUUCAAGAUCUACUUCGGAGUCAUCGCUAUCUUGAUCGCCAAGAACCUCGCGGCCUCCGCAUGCUUCUGGCUGGGUCGCUCGCUACUCUCCGAAUGGGUCGCGAACUUUGUGAAGAAGAACGAGACUUUCAGAUCCAUCGUAGACUCCACUUCCCAGUCUGGUUGGCAGCUUGUGCUGGCAGCGCGUCUUUCCCCGGCAAGGACUGCACUCCCUGAUGCUGCUCUCCCCUCCUACGUGUGCAGCUACGGCUUCUCUGUCACUCAGGUCUCCUUCAAGGAGUACUUCCUCGCCACCCUCUUCGCCUCUGCCCCCAUGAUCUUCAUCAACGUCGGCCUGGGCGCC